UCGCGAAAACCCAAUUCGAAUGAGUCUGCCUUUAUAUUUCUGUACCAAAUUGUGAGUCCCUAUUCGGUUUCAAACUUGUACAGUCGUGUCAAUAAAACCCAUAAACAAUUCUAGUGAAUAUCGUCACAAGUGUACCUGUGCUUUUUAUCACCUAUAAGUUUUGAACGGAAAUGGCUUCUACAUCGAUGAGGUGCAUUUUCGUCAUAUUUUUGGCUGCCGUUUGCUGCAACUGCCAAUCAGACAACACCGGCGGUUCUUCUUCUUGGGCGAAACUGCAAAUCUCACCUGACACGUUAAGUUCCAUGAAGUACGGCAACUUUCUCAUUGAAAUUUACGAACACGCCAAUAAUCACAAGCCAACGGCAACUGCCAGCCAGAAGAAAUAUUUCUACUCUCCCAUUGCGCUGCUGGACAACAAAAGUGCCGUUAGUUCUUACAACAACGUUACGAAGCAACCAGAGAUGAGCUUCCGCAUAGAAAUGUGGAACGACAAAGUCGAAAAUGAAGUUGUCAAACAUUUAAAUGACAUUGUCGGUCAUCAAAUCAAAUCUAAUCAAGUGAGAGUCAUUCCGUUGGAAAAGGUCAUUCUCGUUAGCAAAAGACCCACAGUAGAUUAUUCGCUGUAUCCAGAGUGGACGAAUUAUGACAAGAGCAAAACCCUUUGGUUUUAUUUGUCGUGUUAUGACCCGAAAAUCUGCGACGAACUUGCCAAUGAAAUGCGAUCAAAUCCCAAACAAUUCCACCAACUUAAACUCCUGUACAGUUUGUCAUCGCAGACGUCGCAAACCAAACAUACGACCAUCAGCAUCGAAAGCAUCACUUCCGGUACAUUGGUCUCGACUCUUUUACAGAAAUUUGAAGACAAAAAAGAAAUUUUUCUGACGGCCAGCGAUGAGAAGAAAAUGUUGUCGGAAACGGCCACCAACAUUCGAAUGGACACAUUUGACGACUCUGAGGUCGGGUCGCCUGACACGGAGUUUCAAAUUUUAAAUAUUUUAAAAGAUUUGCUGGUCACGUCUAGGACGACCAUCAAAGAGCAAAGUGACAAAAUGUGGGACUCUGUUUUUUGGAAUGAAGACAAUUACCGGCCCGACAAGACGACGAAAACUUUAAAUGAAAUUCUCAACAAAUUAGACAAGGAAACUCAAAAGAAAUUGGCGGAUAUGUUUCAAAAAGCGGAGAAACAAGCGCAAAUAACAGAAAAAUUAAUUUCGAGUAAUAGAGACGAGGAAAGAAGACGAGAGGAACAAAUUAAUCGCGAAAAUCAAUCGAAAGAUGCAAAUGAAAAUGAAAUGAAAAGAUCACAAGCGACUGAUCAAGAACAAUUAAGUCGCAAUCAAACUCGCGAUGACGAAUCGAAUACCAACAAUGUUGACACGAAAGUCACUUUUAGUGGAUAUGGCGUUACUGCUGGCGCUAAAGUCGCAGUAGGUAUUAGUAACACGCACAAUGCCGAACGAGAAAACGAGAAGAGUGAAAACGCCAAGAAGAAUACAGAAGAAUAUGACAGAAAGUUGGAGAAUAAAGAAAGAAUUCAACACAAUUACGACUCAAACAGUUGGGCUAACGCGGACAGAAUCAGUUCAGCCAUUUCAGGGAAAUUGUCAAACGAUUCCGAUAGUUCCCGGCGUGUUGAAAUUUUGAAGGAAGACGUGAAAAAGUUUUUACAAGAAAGUAGAAAUCACGUCGAAUGGAACGGAGAGAAAUUUGUGCCCAAACCGAUGCAACUCAGCCGAAUCAAUUUGGCAAAAUUUCGUGAUUCUCAAUCGUUUCAGGAUCGUAACAUCCGGGUCCGUUACACGAACGCUGAACUGUCGGCGCCAAUUAAAAUUAUGGAACACGCAGAAUUGAUUGUCGUUAACGAAUGGAACAAUUUAAAGGACGAACUCAAAGCCACUACUGAGCUCUUAAACAUAACCAUGAAUAACUUGGUGAAAAUAAAUUCCGAGCUUAGUAAUGUGAAGAGCGACUUGACUAAUAAAUUAGAAGGGACUAAAAAAGAGUUGGAGAAAACCAAAAUCAACUUGGAGGAAACGAGGACCAAUGUUAAGAAUUUAUCUACACAGUUAAAUGCGACUAAAAAAGAAUUAGCAGAAACGAAAAUCACAGCCGGAAAUUUGUCAACUGGACUCAAAGAGACUAUUCAGACUAAGCAGGAUUUGCUGAAAACAAGGGCAGAUUUGACCAAAAAAGACGAUGAUUUGUCAAUCAAAUUAAAAGCGACUGAAAAAGAAUUAGCAGAAUUGAAAACCACGACCAGAAAUUUUUCAACUGAAUUCGACAGGACUAAAAAGGAGUUGGGGAAAACCAAAAUCGACUUGGAGGAAACGAAGAGCAAUGUUAAGAAUUUAUCUACACAGUUAAAUGCUACUGAAAAACAAUUAGCAGAAACGAAAAUCACAGCCGGAAAUUUGUCAACUGAACUCAAAGAGACUAAGCAGGAUUUGCUGAAAACGAGGACUGAUUUAACCAAUAAAGACGAUGAUUUGUCAACAAAAAUAAAAGAACAUGAACUCAAAGUCGCCGAGGAAAAUCUGAGUACAGUGAAAGAAAUUUUCUAUGUUUUGGGAAUUACAACAAAUUUGAGCACAACGAGAACGGUCGUUGGUCAAAUGCCAACCUCGUGUGCAGAUCUGGAGCGAAAUGGACAAAAAGUCAACGGAUUCUUUUUGGUGAAAGGAUCGAAAAAGAUGGAAACGGUUUACUGUAACUUUUAUCCUAAUCAAACUGCCAAGCAAAAAUGGAUUGGAUACGCCGACGUCAAAUCGGCGCCCGUCCAUUUCUACGUCCAGAGAAAAUCUCAUUUUAAAACCAAAUUAACUCCGAUUCCGUUCGAUUUGGCGGUGGUGAACGAGGGAAACGCUAUGAAUUUGACAUCGGGAAAAUUCACGGCACCGCGACCGGGAACUUAUUUUUUCUCUUUCGCGGGAGUUGCGCAUCUUCAAUCUUCAUCAUCAUCAUCUUCAACUGUUUUUUUUUAUUGUCAUCUUUAUUUGAACGGGAAUCUAAUCGGGUCGAGUUUUGUUCGAGAGAAUUACGGCCCCGUUAAUCAAUUGAGUCCGUUGACCGUCCAGUUGACGCUGAACUUAAAAAAAGGCGAUCAAGUUUGGAUGCAGAUUGAUUAUUCUGGUUCAUCCUCGACUUUGUAUGACAGCGUUAACUACUACACCCAUUUCACGGGUUUCAUGUUGGAGGAGGAAAUUGGGGCGUCCCUUUGAGGUUCAACAUCAUCGGCGACACGAACCAGAAAUGUAUAUCUGAAUAUGUAUAUCUGAAAAAUCUAUCUGGAGAAAUGUAACCGCGACAAACAAAAAAUAAAUUUUAAUUGCCAGAUUUACAAGAUGCAGGAUGGACUAUAUAUGAGAGAAAAUUCAUUCGCCUCUAAUUCGUUUACGGAUUGGAAUUUUUUCAAAAUCUUUUCACGAUUACAAGCGCAUCACAGUUGUGCAUGGCUGAACACAAAUUUGCGUGCCAAUCUGUAAAAAUAAAGGCGGGAGACGUGAAAAAAUAAUUUUGAUUGUCAGAUUUCCUUCCAAAAAAUUAAAAUUUCUCAAUUUGAUUUCCUGUCGCAGCUUAAAAUUAAAUCAAAUCAAAUUAAGGCGAGAAUGAAAUGCUUUUAUUCCCUACGGAUCGACGCUUAUAUUAUAUUUGUUGCAAUUUGAUUUGAAU